CGCAUGCGCGGUUUCUUCUUCUCUUACGGAAGCACCUGCGAGGGCGCUAUUGGGUUGCAAUGAAAAUGUGGGAUCGCAAAGAACGAUAACUUCCACAAACGACAUGUUCUGCUACGUAUUGGUGGCAGUGCUGUCGGCGUCCUUUGCAAUGCUUUUCUUUCCUCGCCAGUCGUCGUUAUAUUCAAGAAGUAAAUCAACGCAGGGGCCACCGACGCGACUCCUGAGCAGCCAAGAAUUGUCGUUGUACGACGGCGAAGAAGGCAGCAAGGGCAUUUACCUGGCAAUAUUAGGCCAGGUGUAUGACGUACACAACGGCCUCAAGCAUUAUGGGCCUGGUGGGGCAUAUCACUCUGUGGCAGGAAAAGAUGCAUCACUGGCCUUCAUCACGGGAGAUUUUACAGAAAGUGGCUUGACAGAUGAUGUGUCCGCUUUGUCCCCAUUGCAGGCGGUAGCCCUGUUUGACUGGCUACUCUUUUAUCAGAGGACCUAUCAACCUGUAGGUUUGGUCAUAGGACGGUUCUAUUCUGAAAGCGGAAAGCCCACAGAGUUUCUAUUGCAGAUGGAGUCACUGCUUGCAAAGGGCCAGCAACUCAAAGCCAAGACACAGGCGGAGAUGCUUCACUUUCCUGCCUGCAACUCUGAGUGGAGCUCUGCAAGGGGAGGGAGGGUCUGGUGCUCCACCAACAGUGGUGGAGUUGAAAGAAUCUGGACGGGUGUCCCCCGAAAAUUAUUCUCUCUACGUGCUAGUGGGUCCCGUUGCGUGUGUGUGGAAGAUCCAUCUGCAGCAAAGGAAAACCCCAACCUGCAAGAAUAUGAUGGCUGCUCGACGCAAGCGGUCACUUGCUCUUUAGAAGAAUAAUAGUUUAAAAAAACAAAAAAAACAAGGACAAUCUCAUUGACAGUGCAAGAUAACUGGGAAACACUGGCGCUUCCUGCCAAGGGGCUUAUGUCACAAAUAAAUACAAUGAGGGUGGGUGGGAGGAUAUUGUUUGUUUUAAAUGACCUUUAUGCAAAGUUGUUCUUCCUUUCUCUAAAAGGAUACACUCAGAAGAGAUGGGCUAGAUAUCUGAGCAUACAGAUAUACAAUGUGCAUAAAAGAUUUUACAAUGUGCAUAAAAGAUUAACAGAGGCAAGAUUUAAGUCUGUCACAAUGACAAUCACAAACUGCAUUAAGUACAAAAAUGCUAGCAGUGGUCAAAAAUAUCACACUUAUCUGUACACUUUAACAAUACUUAAAGAGGCAACACUAAUCGGCCAUCCCCAUCAUUCUCAUUCCCCCAAACCAUCGGCCAUGUCACAUGAUCUUUGUAAAGUGCACCUGUUAGGCUUAUAAAAAAAAAAAUUAAAAAAAAGUGGUAAAUGUGUCAGGUCAAGACAACUUGAGGCAUCAUCGUGGGGACGGUCAUCACAACUGACAAGGACCACAUGGCCAAGUCAAAACUGGAAUGUACUCAUAUUCUGACUGAUUAUUAAAAAAAAAAAAACAUGGUCCUGAAAUGCUACAAAUUAUAUAACAUGCAGAGGCAUACAAGGUUGCUUGUCAUACUAAUAAUGUAUCAAUAAUGGUUCAAACAUCCCUUUCACCAAUGAUUUCAUAUUUCUGGCCACUUGUGCCAUUUUUUUCACCACACAAGUGAAACUGAAAUGUUCAUGUUAUGCUUCAGUCUAACAAUGUGUAUUUGAUUUAAUAAUGAAUGUAUCCAGGGAAUACAAUACACAGUCACAAAAGAAAGAGUUCAAUUCAUCUCGUGAUUCUGAUUUUGUUUGAUAAGGGGACACUGGUUUUGAUGGCGUGAGUGUAUAAAUGUUGCAUCAAACAUUUGUCUCUGGGCAGGUGAUGUAGCAUAAGCUCCACAGCAUUUGGCUAAUUAAGAUGUUUAUCAUUGAAAUGCAACGGCCGUAAGAAGCAACUAUGUUUUUGAAAAUUAGCUAAUCAUUGAGCUUAAGAAGUUACCUCAGUCCAGCAGUCGCUAAACUGCUUUUUAUUCAUUUAUAUUUAUUUGACACUUUGCACGACAAAAUGAAUAAAUGUCCCGCUAAAACAUGAA